GCGGGGCCUCGGCGCGCAGAGAUCGCUCGCCCGUGGCCCGCUGUCCUGGUCGUUGUCCUGGUCGGUCCCGCUGCCGAGCCGCGCCACACCAUGGCCUUCGUCACCCGCCACUUCGUGCGCUCCGUGUCCUCCGCGGCCGCCGCCUCGGCCUCGGCCAAGAAGAUCGUCGUCAAGCACGUGACGGUCAUCGGCGGCGGGCUGAUGGGCGCGGGCAUCGCUCAGGUUGCUGCAGCCACUGGCCACACAGUGGUGUUGGUGGACCAAACCGAGGACAUCCUGGCCAGGUCCAGAAAGGGGAUCGAGGACAGCCUGAGGAAGGUGGCAAAGAAGAAGUUUGCAGAAAACCCCAAGGCUGCCGAUGAGUUCGUGGCCAAGACCCUGAGCAGCAUCACGACCAGCACGGACGCCGUGGCCGUGGUGCACAGCACCGACCUGGUGGUGGAGGCCAUCGUGGAGAACCUGCAGGUGAAGAACGAGCUCUUCCAGAGGCUGGACAAGUUCGCAGCUGAGCACACCAUCUUUGCCAGCAACACGUCGUCCCUGCAGAUCACCAGCAUCGCCAAUGCCACCACGCGGCAGGACCGCUUUGCCGGCCUCCACUUUUUCAACCCUGUGCCCGUGAUGAAGCUGGUGGAGGUCAUCAAGACGCCCAUGACCAGCCAGAGGACGUUCGAGUCGCUGCUGGACUUCGCCAGAACGCUGGGAAAGCACCCUGUGUCCUGCAAGGACACCCCCGGCUUCAUCGUGAACAGGCUGCUGGUGCCCUACUUGCUGGAGGCGGUCCGGCUGUACGAGCGAGGUGACGCGUCCAAGGAAGACAUCGACAUGGCCAUGAAGUUGGGAGCCGGCUACCCCAUGGGUCCCUUUGAGCUUCUGGACUAUGUUGGGCUGGACACCACCAAGUUCAUCAUGGAUGGGUGGCACGACAUGGAUGCGGAGAACCCGCUGUUCCAGCCCAGCCCCACCCUGAGCAAGCUGGUGGAGGACAAGAAGCUGGGCAAGAAGUCCGGGGAGGGUUUCUACAAGUACAAGUGACCUCGCAGGCCCCGGAACCGCGUCAGGCCUGCAGCCAGCCGGAGCAAGGGGCGCGGCCAGGGCUCGCCUAGCUGAUGGCACAGUGUGCAUGGUGUUGCCGCCCCGCGGCCCGGCUCCUGGGUCCCUGCACCGAGGCCGGUCCGUGUAGUCUGUGCCUCUGCGUGUCUCUAGAGCUUCAUACCUGGUGCCUUGGCAGGCGAGUCUCUGGGCCGCUUGUCCCCUCCCUGUAAGCACUGCCUGGCCCCACCGGGCCUGGAGACACCUGCUCGGUGGGGAUCCCGGCCAUCAGCAGCCUCGGCGGGGGAAGCGCCAGGCCCCUCUCCAGUCUUCUCCUGCUCUGUCCCUGAGAUAACAGUGCUGCACACCUCUCCUGAUUCCGGUGAAUGAAUCUUUCAGUCUGCGAAACUUUGAAUGAAAUAAACACCUGUGAUUUCAAGUGCAAA